GAUGAACGUGGUGAGGUUUGGAACGGGAAGUUCCAACAACGACACAGUAACCAGACAACUUGAAGGACCUUGCCACCCUGUGAAGACGACAGAAGCUAUAGCUUUGUUUACCAUCGCCAUUUUAGGGAUGGGCGCUAACUUGUUUCUAAUGGUGCUUAUUGUCCUCAAGCGUCCACUACGAAGGUGGUCACAGGGAUUGCUGUUUCACCAGGGAUUGGUAGACUGUGCUAGGGCUAGUCUUCUGGUACCACUCGGUGUAAGUGUCCUCUUGUGUCAGAAACUAUUCAAAUGCUCUAUCCUCGAAACAGCGUUUCUUCUGCUUGUCACUGUAUCUACUGUUAAUCUCCUCACAUCGGUCAUCAAUAAUGCCCCCAUGAUUCCAGACCCAGAGCAAACUUCCAACGGUUCCGCGACUCUCCCACUGGACAGUCGCCAGUGUAUAAUUUUUGGAUUUUUCAUUAUCUGGUUUUCGAGUAUCACAAUCAACCUUGGUCCUACAUUUUUGAGCGGUGCUCUGUCAAGUGCUAAGGAAACAACGGUAGGAGAGGUGUGUCCUAUCGUCUAUGGCCCAGUCCGACACUACGUGUUAAACGUGCUAUGGGUCACGGUCAAUAUGCUGUGCGUUAUACUAACCGGUGUUCACCUGCGAAAGCUCUACCAAGACCUCAACAAGACCAGUAUGGAGGCCACCCGACUGGCCAGUCUGGUAACUACUAUGGUUUCAAUACGGCCAGACAGGGAACUCGGAGAAAGUGAACAUAUACACAGUUACAUUCACCGUACUGAACAAGAGUCUCUCCAGCGUGUGAAGAUGUUCAUUAUCCUCUUGUUGGCUUACGUUCUCUUCUGGGGACCACUCUUCAUCAUUACUCUGGUCCAACCAGGCCUAACUUCCACCUCACUUACUUAUCAAGUCACGCUCCAUGUGGCUUUUGUGCACGCCUUCGUUAAUCCAGUUCUUCUUUUGGUGUUGAAUUGUGACUUCCGUGACGCAGCAAUGGAUUUGUUGUGUUGUCGUUGUCGACUGACCAGAGACUUGGGGCCCCCACCCUACCAGGCUGGACCAGCCUGCCGACUUAACCGUGGUUACAUGGAAACAACACUCUAGAUAAGAAGCUUCAUCUACUGACUAUGGAAACGACUGGCACCAUAGUAGGUUAUAAUCACUGAAUGCUCCAACUCAAAUCUCAAAGGGUUAUUAGCGAGACUCAGUUUUCCUUUUUGUUGCCUUAUUUCAAACCUACAUGGAAGAAAUGUUGCAGUGCUGGGCUCCCUAAGGAAUCUUUGUAUUGAUUGCACAUCAUUUUCUGAAGUGGGUGAACUUUUCUCAAUCCUGUAAGUUAUUGGAGAAGGAACUUUUCUUUGUGUCUACCCUCUUUCAUGUAAAAAAAAGAAAAACUGCCUGAGGGUAAUUGAUGUCUAGUGUGGAAAGGCACAUUGUCUUGUAAAAGAAAGACCCCCAGAGUUUAAUCAUAGAGCAAUACAAGGGCACCAAACCUGAAUAAAUAUCUAAAUGGUGUUUCUGACUUAAUGAGUAAAUGCUAAAGAAAAGUAAAUAAAAAAAAAGGAACAGGAAAGUAAGUAACUAGCCAGAGGCACAGAAAACAUAUCUUCUAUGUCUAGAGGUAGUUGGAGAAUGAAUAUGAGAAAUACUUCAAUAUUGGUUUGUUAUUCUUUCUCUUGUGGUAAUUAUGCUUCUAUUGCACACAACCUUAUUUUUCAAGGAAAAAAAUUGAAUUGUUUUAACUGCUAUUUAAUAAAAAGAAAAAAAAUAUUAAUCAAUAGAUAGUGGU